GGGCUCGGGGCUGCCAGCGGCCGCUGCCGCCGCCACCGGCACCGCCGCCACCGAGAAUUGGAAGAACACACGGAUUUCAAGCUUUGAAUGUCGGGCGUUUUACAAGAUUACCGCAGCUAAGCUGAGAAGGCAGAUGCAGCUCUGAGAACCAGAUUGAUUGAGCUGGUGUGUACUGCAUGUACAUGAAAACGCACAUGUCCUUGUCAUCGCAUAGACACACUCUUGCAUACUCCUGAGAGCUUUGCAAUUGAUGAAAAUUAAUUUAAGAACCAGAUGGAGCACCUUUCCAGCACAGGAAUCGGUAACCCAUGGAAAGACACCUGCCAGUAAUGUUCAGCUUUCCCCAUGGUCUUCACGGGUGAAAAAAGUUUGCAAGAAGAGGAAGAAAAAACACAUAACACACUGAAAAGGCCUAAUAAAUACCUCCACAAUCUAAAUCAAUAACUGUGAGGGAAACAGAAGAAUACUGAGGGCAGAGGAAACUGAUUUUGUUAUUGCAGAGGAAUAAUGUAUGAUCUUUGGCACAUUUUGCUUUGGCCUCAAUAGUUUGUGAAUGGACUAAUAAAUCGUGACCACAUGUUGAGUAAUGAUGACUGGAAGUAAGUAACUAUGGGACAAGUCUGGGCAUUGAACUGAGCAAACCUCGUCAUCCUUUUUGAGUUAACCAGGUCAUCGCCUUGCAUAUUCUUUCUCCCUCUCCUUUUUCCUCUUUUCACUUAGUGUGGUAUAAAUACUAAUUGAUUGAGCUCAUAAAUGUUACCCAAAUAAAACAAUUGGAAUACUUCAUAUGUUUCCUUCUUGUACAGCUGCAAAUGUUGUGUCUGGAACUAUGAAUCUGUGCUGUAGACAAGCAUCAAGAAGGAAAGAUCCGAUCAAACAAGCAAGGAAAAUACCUAGAGAAAUAGUGAAACCAGGAAGUCAAAUUUUUAAUGCUGCUUCUCUUUCUUUUUUAGAUGAUUAUAUUUCUUCAUUCCUUGAAUUUUAGAAGAUUUUGAAGGAGUGCUUACUUGAUGUGCUUUAAUUCUGGCAUUUGUUUUUUACAGUAAGAUGAAAAGUCUGUGAUUCCUUGUAGCAGAAAAAAAGGGAAAAGUAAAGGAAAACGAGCUUGACAUUUUAGCCUGUUUUGGAGGAGAGACAACUUCAUGGUUCACCUGAGGCAAACUUACCUUCUUUGAAAGCUAAAAGCUUUAGAGCAUUUUUGAUUCCACUAUAAAUGAAGAGGGGUUUCUUUUUCAUUCGUGUGUGGCGGCAAAAAGUGGGAAAGCAGGCAAGAUAGCGUGAUAAACGGUUCAGGCUGUGUUGGGUCUCUGGUGGAAAAAAGUCCUGCAAUGAAAAUCGGAUUGGCUUUGGAUUGCAAAAAUUUUUGAGUCCAACGAGCAGUUCAGUACCAAGAGGGAUUUCACAUCUGGCCUGGCACACCAGUGCCUGCACAAGUUUGGGUCUGUUGUUUCGCACGGUUUGUGUGCCUUUUUUUCCCUUUAUGCAAUCUCUUUCAGCUUUAGCAGCAGAAAUACAUCAGAUGGAAAAGAUAUGCCAGAGGGCAGCUUGGAAAAGAUGAAUGUCAUAUAUAUACAUAUAUAUGUAUGUGCGUGUGUUUAAAUUUCUGCAACUGAACUUUUGAAGAAAAUCUGACUGGAGGAAAUCUUAAAAGCCUUAAGUUACUUGAAACCUACACAUUUGCAACUCUUUGUCUCUGGAAUUGCAUUACGCUAAACUGGAAUCUCAGGCUGUAUAAAGAUUAUAUCAAGUUGAGCAAAAAGAUGACUUAACCAUUUCUUGAGCGCCUCUUAUGAAGUAGCUGUUUCUCCAAAGGAUAAGUGCACCCUCACUCUACAGACUCAAAAACAAAAAUGAACCUGAAUUUUUUUUUUAAGCGUUACUUUUUCUUAGCCAACUGCCAUCAUCUUUUAUAGAGGAAUUUUUCACUAUGCAUUUGGUGGAUAUUUAUAAACACUGACCCCAUCCUCCUCCCUUUCAAUGAUCUAUCCCAGGUCAGUCCUAUCAAUAAAAAAAAAAAAAAGUUGAUUUAAAUUUUGUGCACUAGACACAUUACUUUCUUAUGUCAAAAAAUAAAAUAUUUAAAAAGCAUGUAUGCGGCAGUGGAACAUGGGCCUGUUCUUUGCAGCGAUUCCAACAUCCUCUGCCUCUCCUGGAAAGGGAGAGUUCCCAAAAGUGAGAAGGAGAAGCCCGUGUGCAGGAGGCGGUACUAUGAGGAAGGCUGGUUGGCAACAGGCAAUGGCAGAGGAGUUGUAGGCGUCACUUUUACUUCCAGCCAUUGCAGGAGAGACCGGAACACCCCUCAGAGAAUCAACUUCAAUUUGAGGGGCCACAACAGCGAGGUUGUGCUGGUUAGAUGGAACGAACCAUUUCAGAAAUUAGCAACCUGUGAUGCAGAUGGAGGAAUAUUUGUCUGGAUACAAUAUGAAGGCAGAUGGUCUGUGGAGCUUGUGAAUGAUCGUGGGGCACAGGUAAGCGACUUUACAUGGAGCCAUGAUGGGACUCAAGCCCUUAUCUCCUAUAGAGAUGGAUUUGUGCUGGUUGGUUCAGUCAGCGGACAAAGACACUGGUCUUCAGAAAUAAACUUGGAGAGUCAGAUCACGUGCGGCAUAUGGACUCCAGAUGACCAACAGGUACUGUUUGGCACUGCUGAUGGUCAGGUUAUCGUCAUGGACUGCCAUGGCCGAAUGCUGGCCCAUGUGCUCCUUCAUGAGUCAGAUGGCAUCCUCAGCAUGUCCUGGAACUACCCCAGCUUCCUGGUGGAGGACAGCAGCGAGAGCGACACAGACUCUGACGACUAUUCCCCACCGCAAGAUGGACCAGCCGCAUAUCCGGUCCCGGUGCAGAACACCAAACCACUACUGACUGUCAGCUUCACGUCAGGAGACAUCAGUUUAAUGAACAAUUACGAUGACCUCUCUCCUACUAUCAUCCACUCAGGGUUGAAAGAUGUGGUGGUCCAGUGGUGUACGCAAGGAGACCUACUUGCAGUAGCAGGGAUGGAGAAGCAGUGUCAGCUUGUUGAACUUAGCAAUGGCUCCCUGUUGAAAAGCGCUCUUGUCAAGUUCUACAACGUGCGCGGGGAACAUAUCUACACUCUGGAGACACCUGUGCAGCGUCCCAUCAUCUCGAUCUGCUGGGGUCACAGGGAUUCACGCCUGCUGAUGGCUUCUGGACCGGCGUUAUACGUUGUCAGAGUAGAGCACAGGGUCUCCAGUCUGCAGCUCCUGUGCCAGCAGACCAUCGCUAGCUGUCUGCGGGAUGACAAAGAUAUCAGCAAGCUGACCCUGCCUCCUCGGCUCUGCUCAUACCUCACCACUGCCUUCACACCAACAAUCAAGCCUCCUAUCCCAGACCCAAACAAUAUGAGAGAUUUUGUCAGCUACCCAACAGCUGGCAAUGAACGGCUUCACUGCACAAUGAAGCGGACAGAAGAUGACCCAGAGGUCGGUGGUCCAUGUUAUACUCUGUACUUGGAAUAUCUUGGGGGACUGGUGCCCAUCCUCAAAGGACGUCGUAUCAGCAAGUUGCGGCCAGAGUUUGUCAUCAUGGAUCCUAAAACAGAUGGAAAAGCAGAUGAAAUCUAUGGAAACAGCUUGAUUUCCACUGUGAUUGACAGCUGCAACUGCUCUGACUCCAGCGAUAUCGAACUGAGUGAUGACUGGGCAGCAAAAAAGUCCCCCAAAAUCAGUCGAGCUAGCAAAUCACCCAAACUCCCCAGAAUCAAUAUAGAAGCUCGCAAGUCUCCUAAGAUGUCACGAGCCGCGCAGGAGAUAUCAAGAUCACCAAGGUUACCAAUAAGAAAACCUUCUAUUGGUUCACCAAGCCUAACCCGAAGAGAGUUUCCUUUAGAAGAUAUUACUCAGCACAACUACCUUGCUCAGGUCACAUCUAACAUCUGGGGAACCAAAUUUAAAAUUGUGGGUUUGGCUGCUUUCCUACCAACGAACCUUGGUGCAGUAAUAUAUAAAACCAGUUUGCUGCAUCUUCAGCCCAGACAGAUGACAAUAUAUCUCCCAGAAGUGCGGAAGAUUUCAAUGGACUACAUUAACCUGCCUGUCUUUAAUCCAAAUGUUUUCAGUGAAGAUGAAGAUGAUUUACCGGUGCCCGGAGCGCCCGGAGCCCCCGCCAGCAGCCCGCCCUGCACCGUCAACAUCCCCAUCGCGCCCAUCCACAGCUCGGCCCAGGCCAUGUCGCCCACGCAGAGCAUCGGCCUGGUGCAGUCGCUGCUGGCUAACCAGAACGUGCAGCUGGACGUGCUGGCCAACCCGCCGGCCGAGGCGGGGGGCGAGGGGACGGGACCCUUCCCGGGGGCCCCAGGGCGCUUCCCUGGCCCUGGCCCUGGGGCGAUGGCAGCAGUGGCGGUGGCGGCCAGCGGGGAGCUGGGCCGCACCAUCCCUGCACCCCCUGCCAUCGCCCCGCCACCCCCCGCCAUGGCCCUCGCCGACCUCCGGGACCACGGUGACCGUGAUCACGAGCCCCCUCCCAAGGCCAAGGCCCCACGGCCGGGGCCGCAGCUGGUGGAAAGCGACGCGGUCGUCUUCGGGGCCGCCCAGGAGCUGCAGCUGAACAAGAUGAACCCCCCGCCACCGUACCCCGGCACUGUCCCUCCCGCCGGGCCCCCGCCACCACCACCCGGCCCCCCGCCGCCGCCCCUUGACCUCUGCCUGAAAAAGGGGGAGUUCUCCCUCUACCCAGCUGGGCACUACCAGCCGCCGCUGGGGUACGAGCGGAUUACGACGUUUGACAGCAGCGGGAACGUGGAGGAGGUGUGCCGGCCUCGCACACGGAUGCUCUGCGCCCAGGGCACCUACACCCUGCCGGGGCCCGGCAGCUCCGCCACCCUGCGCAUCACCGCUGCCGAGAAGAAAAUGCAGCAGCCCUGCACCAGCGCCACCCUCAACCGGCUGACGGUUCCCCGUUACUCCAUCCCCACCGGGGACCCACCGCCGUACCCUGACAUCGCCAGCCAGCUGUCGCAGGGCAGGAGCAUCGCGCAGAGGCUGGACAGCACUAUCAUUCACGCCACUCUGCGGAGGAACAGCAGGGAGGCGGCGCUGAAAAUGGCCCAGCUGGUGGACGGCCAGAGAGCCACCUUGCAACUUCCCCCCAAAGCCAAGAGCAGCGUGGUGACGGCGCAGUACCAGCAGAGAGUACCCACCGCCCUGUACACCUGCAGCCAGUGCAGCAGCAGCGGCAGCACCGUGAGCGCUGGUGGUAUGGGCAGCAUGGCUAACGCCAACGCUAGCAACAGCACUUCCAGUAUCGGUGGCAUGAGACCUGAUCUAGGCACGGGGAGUGGCUCCCAGCACAGCUCUGUCCUCGCUCACUCCGUCAGCACUUCGCCUCUGGCCUCCCAGUCCUCCUACAACCUGCUGAGCCCGCCUGACAAUUCCCGUGACCGGGCGGAUUAUAUCAACUCCGCCUUCACGGAGGAUGAGGCCCUUUCUCAGCACUGCCCGGUGGAAAAAUCAAUACGGCACGUACCCGUGGCCUUGACGGAGGCUGCCAUCAGUAUAAAACGGCCACCGCCCUACCAGUGGGACCCUAUGGUGAGUGAAGAGAUAUGGGUUCCUCAGGAAAGGACAUCUCAGAGCUCAGUGCCCAACCCUCUAAAACCGGCUCCUCUCAUCAUCGGACAAGCGCAGCAUCUGGAUAUGUCUCGAGUGCCGUUUGUCUCCCCUAAGUCUCCAACCAGUCCCACUGCCACCUUCCAGACGAGUUACGGGGUUGGCGUACCGUACCCAGGAAGCUACAGUGCCCCCCCCCUUCAGGGAAUGCAGCCCCCCUGCUCCCCCAAAGAAGCUCUGGCGCCCACGCAGUUUGCACAGCAGGAGCCGACCGUAGUGCUUCAGCCAGGUUACCCGCCCAACCUCUCCUAUUGCCCUCUGCCACCCAUGUAUCCGGGAAGUAGCGCCUGCUCUAGUUUACAGCUGCCACCGAUAGCCUUGCACCCGUGGAGCUCCUACAGCGCAUGCCCACCCGUGCAGAACCCCCAGGGCACUCUGCCCCCCAAACCGCUCCUCGUGGUGGAGAAGCCGGUCAUGUCUCCCCCACCAGCGGAGCUUCAGGGCCACGUGGGCACAGAGGUAAUGGUGGAGACGGCGGACACCUUCCAGGAGGUGCUCUCCUUAACUGAAAGCCCUGUUCCUCAAAGGACAGACAAAUUCGGCAAGAAGAGCCGGAAGCGACUCGAUAGUCGCGCUGAGGAAGGAAACGUGCAGGCUAUCACCGAGGGCAAGGUCAAAAAAGAGGCGAGGACACUGACUGACUUCAAUUCGCUAAUAUCCAGCCCGAGGCUGGGGAGAGAGAAGAAGAAGGUCAAGAGCCAGAAAGACCAGCUGAAGUCCAAGAAGCUGAACAAGACAAAUGAAUUUCAGGAUAGUUCAGAGAGCGAGCCAGAGCUUUUUAUCAGUGGGGACGAACUGAUGAACCAGAGUCAGGGCAGCAAAAAGGGUUGGAAAACCAAAAGGAAUUUGAGGACAGCCAGUGAGCUGGACGAGUUCAAGUGCCGUAAGGCCAGCGAGAAGGAGGACGGGAGGCUGGGGAGCCAGGGCUUUGUGUACGUGAUGGCCAACAAGCAGCCGCUGUGGAACGAGGCAACGCAAGUCUACCAGCUGGACUUCGGAGGGCGGGUGACCCAGGAGUCUGCAAAAAACUUCCAGAUUGAGCUGGAAGGACGACAGGUGAUGCAGUUUGGAAGGAUUGAUGGCAAUGCUUAUAUUUUGGACUUUCAGUAUCCAUUUUCUGCAGUGCAAGCCUUUGCUGUUGCUCUGGCUAAUGUGACUCAACGCCUCAAAUGAACAAGCAGAGACCAGAGAGAGGAAAAUGUUGACAAAACCUUCUCAUAAAGUCCAAACCGGAAAACGUCAGAGCAGCCUGCUUUAGGUGCGCAGAGGUGCCUGGGAGCGAAGAAGGCCGUAAAACUGGAAAAGUCUCUUGGUGCCCAAAAUAAGGGCAUUAACUCUAAUCAGUCGCGGGGUGGAGGGUGGGGGGCUUUUUUCUGUUUUGUUUGUUUGUUUGUUUUCAAGUGUUUUCUUUUUUUAAAGCAUCGUGCUGGGUUUCAGAAAGAGCGAAGGGUUGAGAGCCAUUCAGUGUUAUGUGGAGAAGUGUGGCUUUUGGCUUGUUGUGGUGGUUCUGCCGUGUUUGCUACAAUAGCUGAUGUAAGCUCAUAGGGGGAUUAAAAAAGACUGCUCUUUUUGAUAGACUGCCUUAUAUCAUGCUGUUCUUUUUAAAACAGGGAACAUAACUUUUUUUCUGGUCCAGUUUGUACUACUACUACUACUACAUCAAAGAUAGCAGCAAAAAAAAAAAAAAAAGAAAAAAAAAGAAGCUAUAAUACUUGAAGACACGUGUUUCUUCUCUGAUCUCUGAUAAUAACUGAGCACCACAAGUUCCAAGGAGGCUUAUGUAGGUCAAUAUUUAAUUUAUAAAUAAUGAUGUGUUAUUCAGAAGAGAAACAAAACUGUUACCAAUGGGUGGUUUUAAAACCCAGUGUAUCAAAGAAAUUGAUGUCUGCUUGUUUUGUGUGCUGUUAUUGGGGAUAAACAUCUUUCAUUGGGUGACAGAAAAGAGAGGAAGAAAUAAUUAUGAGCUUCUUUGCUCAUAUUGAUCAGCAGUAUUCUUCGAUUUGGCCUGCAGCUGGGAGAGGUACAGUGUGGCCAGAUGUACCUCCAAGGCCACUCCUAUACAUGCUCCUCAUUUAAAUGUGUUUACACUUUAUAAACAAAGUUGUUCAAGUGAAUAAGAAGGCCCAGUGUAUUCAUCUUCCUAGCAAUCAAUACGAAUUGAGUUCCACAACAUUGUACCUGUGCUAAAAUUAGGAAGGAGACGGAAGCAUAGCAAGUCAUUACAGGAAGUAAUUUGAUCAGGAAAGCAAGGAAACAACAUCAUGUCUGGCAGGAGAACAAAUGAGUUAAAAGUGGAAGGAAAAAUUGGACAGAGUCAUCCCUUUUAUCACCUUCCUUCUUGAGUAGUCCUUGUGACUGUUGUUUUAGAAUAUAAUGCUCCAGAUAAGAGUGGCAAGCCACAGUUUAAAUGGAGUGUUACAGGUGAAGGCUUAUUAACAGUAGCACAGCUCUUUCUGGCUGCAGUUUUUUCUGGUGGACAUGCAGACCUGCUGAGCAUUUCAGAAGGGUUGCUUGCACAGAAGAGUUUCUGUGUCGUCCAUUUUUUUGUGUACAUGUUUAUUUGCUUUCUCUCUUUCCUCCUUGCCUGCAUUUUGCUAUGGAAUAUGUUCUGAUACGGAAGCAGUUUCCCCAGUAAUACACAAAAACGUAAUUCUUCAUGUAAUUGUUUGGACAUUAGAUUACAAAAUGUAACUGCAGAUUUCCUUCAGAAAUUACUCUUUUGACAUGAAAGGCACACAGAGGAAGAUAGGUUGGUUGAGGUGUUGAUGGCUGCUUUGUCUUUGUCUUUCAUCCAGUUUAACUUCUUACUUGAAAAACUGUAUAACUUAAGAUGAAUAGAUGUGAUUCUCUCAUUGCUUUUUUAAAAUUCUAGCAGUAGGACAGAUCUGUGUUGCACUUGAUUCCUUCUAGACAAACAUAUCACUGAAGAGAGGACCCUGCUGUAGCAGAAGUUACCAAAAUGCAGUGAGCUAGUAACUUCUGCUCUGCUGAGGCUUCUAAAGCUGUGCAGCACAGAGGCAACGAUACCAAUCAGAGAGGAGUUUCAGGUUGCUGCCAAGAGAGAUGACGAGGGAGAUCAUCCACAGGUAAUGUCCUGCAGGGUGAGUCCAGGAAGAACCCUCUGCAAGGUGGUUUCCUUGGAGAGAGGAAGUAGAGGUAGGAAAGGAGGAGGGGGGAAUAGUUGGCUCCAUGCCUGUAUUAUGCCAAAGCUCAGCAGCUUCUGCUUGCAUGUCAGGCACAACAUUCCCCUUGGCAUCUAACAGACUGCUGUUUGCUUUAAUUAAUUAAUUUUGUUGAAUUUCUAUCCGUUGUCUGGGCCCAUUUGUAUUCCUUCUCACAUGCAUGACUUACUCAGCAGUUUGCCUGUCUAUAUGUGUAAUGUGUGUGGGACAGAGGAACCGACAUGGAUUUGGUCCUGUUCCCUUUUAAAUCUGUGGAAAUUGUUCUCUUUGAUUUUUGUGGAGGAAGCACUAUUAAGCCCCUUGUUUAUAUUGAGUUACAUGCUGUCCAAACAGUCAGUUGAAUUCUUGGGUCCACUGAUUUAAGUACCUGAGAAGGAAAGUUGGCUGGUUAGUGUCCUUUCCUGCCCAAAGGUCUGUGCUAACCAGUCAGACCCUAAUUAGAAUGUAACAGGCGUAUGCAGAACGCCGUAAGACAAGAAACAUAUCAUGGCAUGCUGAAAGGAACAUUGCCUGGAGUUUUAAGCCAACAUUUUUAUCACAUGCAAAGAACGGGAAUUUUUUUUUUUCUUUUUUCUUUUUUUUUUCUUUUUUUUUUCUUUUUUUUUUUCUUUUUUUCUUUUUUUCUUCUUUUUUUUCUUCUUUUUUUUUCUGAACGAAACCUAAUUUAAAUAGAAGGACUUCUGUGUGCAGUUUCUUUAACCUUCCAGGGAAUAGUAUACCUUUUUACUUGGUUCAUAAUCAUUUUUUUCCAAUUAGCAGCAGAUUUAUGCUAAUGUGAAACCAGAAACUGAAACCAGGUAUAUCAAGUAACAGCAUUAGUAAUGUGGUUUCAUUGCCCAGGGUUGGGAUUGUAUCAUUCUGGUAGCACUUACAAAGAUCCUUGGCAUAGAAAGAGACAUGUUUUUUGCCCCCCAAAAGCACAAGGAAUAACUAUCAUAAAUCGGGAAAAUAAAUACAAUUUCCAAUCUUCCUGUAUACUCAUCAGAAGGUAUUAUAGAAUAAGAUAAUCUUUUGUCUUUUUGAAAAUACUUUGACAGAGUCCCUUUAAUUGAGGAUUUUAAUGGUGUAGGGAAUACCCAGUAUUAGAGAUAUAAAACUAUAAUAAAUAUAAACUGUCCUCAAAUAUGUAGAAUUGUAAUGAAAGAGGUGGAAAUUAUGUAAAUUCUGAGAGUGGUACUGGAACCUAAAUUAUACAAAGAACAAGUGAAAGCAACAGUUCUUUUAUUUUUUCAUUGAGAUGCAAUAUGAGAAACAAAUUUAAAAGCUCCCCACAAAAUAAUCACUUAAAUCCUGAAGACUGCUGCCAAUAGAUAGAUUUUACAUUUUAUAUUUAGUUAGUAAAAUCCAGGUUUUCUGUAGAUAACUAAGUUCUUCUAGGAAGAAUGUAGCAAGGUGUUCAGAAAUAUGUAGUUCUUUUAUACAUAUACACAUGGUAAUUUCCAGUGGUUGAAUAUGUUUUUCCAAAGCUUUUUUUUUUUUUUUUUUUUUCUUGGUUGUGCAAUAAUUGUGACAGUCCUAGGGGUUUUAUGGUUUUUAUGUUGUUGUUGUUUGUUUUAUUUUGCCUUUUUUUUUUUUUUGAGGGAUUUUUAAAAAUAAUUUAAUGCAGAUUUCCUGUUAACGUCCAAAAGACAAAUUAUUUAUCUUGUGCAAUGUAAUAAGUGAUUUAGGGAUUAUUUUAUUACUAUGUAUCAGUGACUUAUACACACUUUCUUAUUUAUAUUUAAAGAGCAUCUUUGUAAGUAAUUGUUUGCUAGCUGUAUGUUUUGCUGGGAGAAGUUCAAAAUGCAGAUAGGAAGACCUGUUUUGGUGUAUAUUAUGCAAAAUUUCAUAAUUCAGGCAGGCAAAAGUAUGUUUUUGGCAGCUGAAAGCAGUGAGUUUGCUCUGGAGGACUGUGUAGACUACAAAGAGUGUAGACAACUUCUUUGGGACCUGCAGAAAUCUGUCCUUCUGCAUUGUGUAUUCUCCUGUGUUUCAACCUAUAUAUUUCAGCUGGGAGUGCUUUUAAAAAUAUAAAGCUUUCCUUCUUCUUUAGUACAAUGUUUUUAUCUCUUGAGAUAUAAACUAUGGUGGCUUAUGUGAUAAAGGAGGGUAUAAUACAGGCUCGGUUUGUAAGGAGUUCAUUGCAUAGCUUACUAUGGUUUAGCAAUGGCAUACUUCAUUGCUGCGCAGAGACACACAAACUCGCUUGGUAUAAGCUGGCUGUGGCACGAGAAAGAGUACAGCAGUACGUGUUGCCCUCUGCUCAGACUAACAUGCCCCUUCAGCUGGGCUCAGCUGAUUCCAACACAGCCACAGUGCUGCUGCUGAUAGCCAAGCUAGCGCUGCGCAGAGCUGACUGAGCGGAGCCCUGACACUGCCUACAGCAGCUUGGCCUCUUUGAGGUGCUCUGCCUGGAGGAGCAGGCUUUUCUACACUCUUUCUUCCAGUUUGGCUCCAGUUGCAGCAUGCAACUGCCACAAGGUUUGGCUUUAGGCAGAGAAAGCUCCACUGUGUCAGCUGGUGGACAUUUGGAGUCAAAAGUCUGCUCUGCUGGAGCUGGAAGGGAUGCAAUGGAAAACCUGAUUUAUUUAAAAAAAAAAAAAAAAAAAAAAAAAAAAAAGGCUGUUAUCCUCAAAAUAAAGCUCCUAACAGAAUAUGAAGAUGGUACUUAAAGUCUUGCACGAAGUGUGCCACACAUGGAGCGACCAAUUUUGUCUUGAAACUGGGAAUAUCAUGUUAUUACAAUGCUCUGAGAAAGUAGGGGAGGGAGGGAGAUGAAAGAGUCAAAAAAGGAACUGGCACGUUAAUAGUUUUGCACUGAGUUCCAGGGGCAGCAGUAACAGGUGCCACGAAGUGCCUGAAUGUUGACUGUCUGACAGUAAAUCUGCACAAAGGGUCAUCCAGUUAGUUAGCCUUCUGUGAUGCAGCCACAGAAAAGUAAUUCCACAUUUCUCUCUCCAGUUUUGUUCCAUUAUUUCUAUGAAGAUUCAAGAAGGCGCACAGGUGUCAGGUAAAGGUACCUGCUGAAGCCUUGAGCCUUGACUUUCCACAGGCCCAGGCUUUCCUUGAUGUGUUUUUCUAGUGUCCUCUCAGAAAUUCCAGACAAAUCUGGGAGCUUGCCCGGUUGUUGCCUCAGACAACUUCUGUGUGUUUGCUUUUUUUUUUUCAGCCUGAUAUGUGUAAUCCUAUGUUAUCUUAGUGCCCUGUUACCUGUCAGCAACAGUUUAAAUCCUUGUGUGAAGGGAGCAAUACAUGCUAAAACUGACUUGAUUAAGAGAAAAAGGAGAGAAGACAGAGUAAGUUUUUAUUAGCUUUUAAGAAUGUGUGUGGCAGAGCAACAGUUUGGAAAUCACACAUUUCUGCAGAGCCCAGACCAGCAAAUCUGAGUUGGAGGUGAGUAGCAGAGGAGCCAUUUGCUUGGUGUGCUAACAAAGGGCCAGCUUCUAGCCUCACUGGGUGGUUACACCAAAAUACAUAACAGUGGAAUCUGACCCCAAAUGUACUUUACUGUCACUGUGUGAUUAUAAGGUAAGAAUGACUUACUUGACCCAUAUACCCACUUAAGAAAAUCAUGAAGCAUUAACCAGCAACUAUGUUGACAGUUCUGUAUAAGGCCCCCCAAUGAGCACUAGAAGUAAAAUUGCAGCCACAGUAGUCUUUCAGAAUUUUAUCUUUUAUUCUCAUUUCUAGGACCUCACAGGAGAUUAAGCUGGUUUUAUUUAGAGGUUGGCGUACUGGUUUUCCCAGUAGGGGAGAGCAAAUAAUAUCACGCUGCUGUCAAAAAUGGAACAAUUCUGGUAGAGGAAUUUUUUCAUUUUCAAUCCCUUCACCUUCAAGGCAAGCACAAUCUUCCCUCAGCACAUACCAGUCUGGAGUCCUACUGCCCUCGGGAGUAACGUGCAGGUAGGCACCACAGGUCUUUCUUGAAGGCUUGGAAUUCACAUGCAUCAUUCUUGAAGGAAUAAGAUUAAUUGCCACUUCUGAAUGAUGGGCUACGUGAAUGAUUUUAUCUUAAUGUUAUUUAAUUUUCGUCUAAAAAAAUCCUGCAGAGAAGUUUAAGAUUAAAAGACUCAGCUCUGCAUGUUGCCUGGUACCUCUGAAGAUGUAUUAGGAGAACAUUUCUUUGGGCUGUUGGAUUGUUGCUACAUUUACAAGGUUAGAUUUUUAAGACAAGAGCAAUUAACCAAAUAAGAGAACGAAUUAGGAUUCAGCGAAGCAAUUCUUGCUAUGAAAAUUUAAAACUUCACACUUUAACUUUUGAUUUUUCAUAUGGAUCUAUAAUGACAGAUCUGUGCUUCCAGGCAAACUGAUUGUUAUGAAGCCUCUAUGCAAAUGCAAAGGUUUGCUGACCCAGAGCUAGCUGACUGCAGGAUCAAAACAUGAUUUUGUGAGAGUUAAAUAAAAGAAAACACUAAAUACUUACCUGUCCAAAGUGCUCAGUGAAAAAAUUAGAUGGUAUGAUGUUAAAGCCUGCCGGUUUACUCUUAAUCUUUGCCCUCCCAUUUACAUAACUACAAAUUUAAAAACAUCUAAUUCAGCGAUUCUGAAUCCUGACAAAUGUUGUUUAUUUGUAGAAUAUUUUUCUUACUGUCCAAAUAGAUGGUUGUUUCUGGUAAUAGGGAUUAAUAUUAAAAGAGAAACAUUUUCUACCAGUGUGCAGACACCCAAGUUUCAAGUAUUUCAUUGAGAUAGCGCUCGAUUUGUAAUUCUUUCUAUGUUGUUUCAAGCUAUUUGUUCAGAACUUUCCUAAUUUUCCCUUCAUUGAUUUUAUUUGCUUGAUAUGUGUUUUGCCUUUGGUUUCCCUUCACUUCACUGUUUCCUCAUUCAUUUUGUCAUUUUCUUUUUGUGUGUCGUGCAUUUGGGAAAGGGUUUGUCUGUUCAAGAUCUCGUUGUUUGUUGUAGAUAAAAUAUAUGGUGUUGUGGCACAGCAUGGAGAUGCAUCUGAUUGAAAAGGCACUGUAGUGUUUCCUGAAAAAGUAGCGGAGUUGCAUUUGUUUAUAAAUGCAUUAUUUUGGUACUACAACUUUGAACAUCAUUUUGUGUGUUUUUUGUUUGUUUGUUUGUUUUUUCCAUUUCCUUUUAUUUAAUGAGCAUACAUAGUCAUGCAGGUGCAUGCGUUUUUAAGCUAGCAAGCCCGGCAUGUUUUUCUUAAGGCUUUUAAAAAUUUGGUACACAAUUUGUGUACUUUUACGUACCUAUACAAUUUUUUAAACAUAUUUUUGGGAAUCUCAUGUUUUCUUUUUUUUUUCCCCUCCUCAGUAUACCAUGGUAUAACUGGUUUCCCUUGUACUUAAAUCAUACUUUGGUCUGCCUCUCCUUUUAUGUAUCUUGUGUACUAGAUUUUGCAGGAGGUGCCUAGAAAGCAUUGUUGGUUUCCCUAGAAAAAUGUGGUUUGUCCAAAUUCUUUACUGUCUACAUGAUUGAGAGAUGGACUGAUUGCCCUAUUUUUUCCUUGAUGAUUUGGAGUUGUAAGAGUUGUCCAGCUGUUGCUUAAUAAAAUUUUGCAGACUAGAAAA